UCAGGUGGCGCGCGGCGGCGGGAUGGUGGAGCAGGAGGGUGGCGGCUCGGGCGGCAUCAGCGAGGAGGAGGCGGCGCAGUAUGACCGGCAGAUCCGGCUGUGGGGGCUGGCGGCGCAGCGCCGGCUGCGAGCAUCCCGGGUGCUGCUGGUUGGCAUGAAGGGCCUGGGAGCAGAAGUGGCAAAGAACCUCAUCUUGGCAGGGGUCAAAGGCCUGACCAUGCUAGACCAUCAGCAGGUAUCGCAGCAGGACACUAGAGCUCAGUUCCUGAUUCCCGUGGGCUCGCUGGGCCGCAACAGAGCCGAAGCCUCUUUGGAACGGGCUCAGAACCUCAACCCCAUGGUAGACGUGAAAGCUGACCCGGAAAAUAUCGAAAACAAAGCCGAAGAUUUCUUUACUCAGUUUGAUGCUGUGUGCCUGACGUGCUGCUCCCGCUGCGUCAUGGUGAAGGUCGAUCAGAUCUGCCACAGAAACAGCAUCAAGUUCUUCACCGGAGACAUCUUUGGCUACUAUGGCUACAUGUUCGCCAACCUGGGGGCACACGAGUUCGUGGAAGAGAAGACCAAGGUCACCAAAGCCAGCCAGGGAGUGGAAGACGGGCCUGACACCAAAAAAGCCAAGCUUGAUUCAACAGAGACAACCAUGGUGAAAAAGCGGGUGGUUUUCUGCCAGCUGAAGGAAGCACUGGCAGUCGACUGGAGCAGUGAGAAGGCAAAGGCAGCCCUGAAGCGCACCGCCCCGGACUACUUCCUGCUCCAGGUGCUGCUGAAGUUCCGGGCGGAUAAAGGGAGGGACCCGUUGCCAGAGAGCUAUGCCGAAGACGCCGAGCUUCUGCUGCAGAUGCGAAAUGAGGUGCUGGACUCCCUGGGCGUCGGUGCGGGCCUGCUGCCCGAUGACUUCGUCAGGCCCUCUCCCAGCGGGAUCCACCCCACAACAACUUCUUCUUCUUCGAUGGCAUCAAAGGGAACGGGGUCGUUGAAUGCCUGGGUCCCCACUGAGCCUGGAGCCAGCGUGUCGGCCUUCAGCUUCAGUUCACCACCCGGUGCCCCUGGAGCCUCCCUGCAGUGCCUGGCCAGCCGUGGCGUGGUGCCGCUGGAGCCUGCUUGCACCACAUUCCCCUCCAGCCACCACAGGCAUGGCCCCCACGCGUGCUGCGGGGCGCAGCCCUGUGCCAGGGCAGUGGGAUGGGGAUAUAGCAAUCCCUCUGUGUGUUCUCCUGGGCUCUCGAAUAAACUCUCUUCUUCCCAGGCUGGCUCUUUUCCUUCCAGGGCGGGAGCCCCCUCUCCCUGGCUGCGCUGCUGUAAGCGGUGGCAGGCGGCUUGUCACACCAAGCUGCCCAGUGCUGCUGGGCCCAGGCCCCCUCGGUCUUAGCGGCUGCUGGCAUGGGUCCUGCUUUGCCCUGCUGCGGGGGAAACUGCCUCUGUGCAUCCACUCUGAGCCACUGCUCAGGGGAAAGGGCACAACCAGGCCGGUGCAGGGCAGGCUGCCCAGCCUCCUGGUGUGGGGCUGGGGGGUGCAGGGGAAGCACUUAAGACUGAAAUAGCUCAGCUAAGUGGCACUUCCCUGGGAGUGGGCUGGGCUCACUUGUGCCAGGACUGGCCAUGCUGUGGAGAUCCUGGGCUGCCAGGGGGCCGAGGGCAGGGGUGGCACUGCUGCUUUCCACAUGCCCCCCCACUUGUGUCGUGCUGCUGGACAGGAGCUCGGACAGAGCCCACUGGCCCUGUGGGGGCCUGUUGUUCCCUGGCCCUCGUGAGGUGGGGUCAGGCAUGGAGUGGAGGUGGCUGGGUUGCUCUGGUGGGCAGGGGUGCAGCACUGCAGGAAUGGUGCCAGAGGCCCCUGGCAGCUGUUCCCUUUCCACACCCAGCUCUGGCUCUGUGGGCAGGGGCCCUGGGUGGGCCAAGUCAGCCUCUGGCUUCCUGUUCUAAAAUUGGCCUUGACUUAGCUCUGAAAUAGCCUCUGCGAGCGGCCAGUCCGAGGGCGCCGGGGAUCUCCUGUGGUUGGGAGUGACACAGAGGCCUCUUUGCUUAAAUCCAGUUUUAUUGAAAAGGAAACGUAGAAAACCAAAGUCACUGCUCAUGUACAGCAAGCGUGUCCCCGUAUGUACAGUGUCCCCCUAUGUACAGCACGGCCCGGUACCGGUCUGUAUAUACAACACCUCUCCCUGUACAGUGUCACUAUGUACAGUAUUUACAGUGCUCCUGCCGCCCCUGCCAAGGCCCCCCCUGCUCUGGGCGCAGCGCCGGGCUCAGGGCUGGCCAUGCCCGGAGCCACAGCAGCAAGCUGUGCGUGGGGAGGCAACGGGACAGGCGGGGCCCCCCCCACUCCUCAGGCUGCCCACGGCAUGGGGAGGAAGCAGCAGGACGGCUGGCUGAGCCCACUUCAGAGUUUGCCCUCCCUGCCACUGCCGGAGCCCAGCUCUUCCCGCUGUCCUGAGGGGAGUCGGGGGUGAGGCAGAGGCAAUGCCUGCGGCCGUCACAUGCAUGUCCGCCCCCUGUCACAAUUGCGUGGCGCUCCCUGAGGAACAGUGGGGGGAGCCUGCGGGGGCCGCUCCCCGCUAUGGGGCCCUGCACUGUGGGGCUCCCAGUCAGUACUC